AUGGCGCUCGAACUCGAGCGCGCGCUCGAUGGACUCGCGCGCGCGCUCGAGGGGCGCAUCGGGGCGCGGGACUUCGCGGAGGCGAUCGUGAGUGAGGCGCACGCGAUCGCGCGCGCGGAGACGGCGGCGAGCGCGUGGGCGUGGGACGCGCUGGGACGGAUCGCGAAUGGCGCGAGCGCGCUCGGACGGGACGGAGGCGGGUUCGAGGGGUUUACAGCGACGGAAACGCGGGCGAGCGGAGAGGCGCUGGUGGAGAUGGUGGAACGGGUGAUGGUGCGCGGCGCGGACGCGGUCGCGGGCGCGGGUGGUGCGGACGCGAGUGGGAUGGUGGCGGCGGCGGCGAGGCGCGCGAGCGAGGCGGCGGCGGCGGCGGACGGAUCGAGCGCGGGCGUCGUCGCCGCGGGCGUCGUCGCCGCGCUCGCGUUCGCGGCGAGACCCGCCGCGAAGAGUGGUAUGGACGAGUGGGCGGCGCUGGCGAGCCGAGAGGGGGAGUUGGAACCGCCCGAGCUUCGACGGUACGAUCCGGAGACGACGCGAAAGUACUUUAACAAGAGACCGUGGAUUUUACUCAAGCGCGGCUUGCGAUCGAUCUCGCUCCUCGGGUCGUUCGUGCUCAAGCUCCGGUUAGAUCGCAAACUCAUGGGCGAGAACGCGAGCGAUGAGAAAAAGAAGACGUUGAACACGAAGCGCGCGGCACAGUUGAGAGAGUUGUUGGUGUCGCUCGGGCCGACGUACGUCAAGCUCGGACAGGUAUUGAGCAGCCGUGCGGACCUGUUACCGGCGGAGUACAUCGAAGAAUUGCGCGUUCUUCAAGACAAAGUCCCGCCGUUCGACGACGACUUGGCUCGUAGAAUCUUGGAGCGCGAACUUGGAGCCACGGCAGGACGCCUGUCGCUCGGUUCAACGCCCAUCGCUAGCGCGAGUCUCGGACAGGUGUACAAGGGCACGUGGAGGAAGGACGACGGCACUUUGGAGGAAGUCGCAGUCAAAGUACAACGCCCAGGAGCGCUCGUGGCCAUCAGUCUGGACAUCGGGAUCAUCCGCAUGUUCGCAGAGCCGUGGAGACGGUGGAAUAACCUGAACUCGGAUCUCGAAGGCCUGGUCGACGAAUGGGGACGCAGGUUCAUCGCGGAGCUCGAUUACGAUGCUGAAGCAACGAACGGUGAAAAGUUUGCUGAGGCUAUGGCAGCGCGUUCUGACUUGGGUGGCGUCGUCACCGCGGCGCCGGUGUUCCGUCAAGCCUCGACCCGCGCCGUCCUCACGACGGGCUGGAUCGACGGCGUGCGUUUGCAGGACAGCACGGCGGACGACACCGCGCAGCUCGCUGCGGUUGCCCUCACGUCAUAUCUCGCCAUGCUCUUAGAUCUGGGUUUUCUCCACGCCGACCCGCAUCCGGGCAACUUGCUUCGCACCAACGACGGCAAGCUGUGCAUUCUCGAUUGGGGUCUCGUGACGCCAGUGUCGAAGGACUUGUCUACAGCCAUUUUGAAGUUCAUCGCGCACUUGGUGAGCAAAGACUUUGAAGCCGUUCCAGGCGAUUUGGACGCGAUGGGUUUCAUUCCUUCCGGCAAACGUGAGGCAAUGGAGGACUCAGGCGUCGCCCGAGCUCUUGGGUUGUUGUUCUCAGCGCUCGCCCGUGGUGGUGGCGCACAAGGCUUCAGAGAAGAGCUCGGUCUGCCGGACGAAGAUCGCAUCAAGGAGAUUCGCAAAGAGCUGAAGGGUGUAAAGGACCCCAAGAAAAGACGCGACGCCUUCUUGGAGGCGGCAGGGACGGAUUCAAAGGUGGCGCAACUCACGAAGGAUUUGGAGGGAGUGCAGGAGAAAUACGGGAACAUCUUCCAGAUCCCAGCGUACUUUGGUUACAUUCUUCGAGCAUUUUCCGUUCUCGAAGGGAUCGGCUUGACGGUGGACAAGAAUUAUUCAAUCGCAAACGAAUGCUAUCCGUACGUCGCUCGUCGACUGUUGACGGACAAGUCUCCUGAGACGCGCAAGGCAUUGGAGCAACUGUUAUACGGCAAAGAAAGCGGCGAGCACGCUGUUCUGAGCGUCAACCGAGUCCGGCAACUCUCCACCGCUUUUGGGAGCUACACAUCCAUUACAAGCCGCUCGAAUGGUGCCGUAGUGCCAGAGGGAUCGUCGACGAAGAAGAUCUCCAAUAGCACGCGAGAGGCCCUUAAGUUGGCUUUUGAUCCCGCGGGUGGACCGAUUCAAGAUAUUGCGUUGCGCGAACUUGGGCGAUACGCAGGCGCGCUUGCGGCCACGACGGCUUCUUCUGCCAUCGCCGCACCGUUCAGUGCCGCCGAAUCUCUAGCAAGAUCUUUCGGACCAGCCGCGCAACUUCUCGGCAGUGCUCAGGAGACUCUGGCUCCGUUGGAACGCGUCACGCACGCGUCUGACGAAGACAUUGAAACCUUAAGAGUCGUGGAUGAACUUCGUAAUUUGUUCUCAGGUGUAGACGAACGGAAAGAUGAAACUAAAAGUUCGCAGGGCAACGAGCUAAUACCGCCAGAAAUCGACGUGGAACUCCUGCAGGAGCUCAUUGAUCUCGCGCCGGAACUGGCGCCAGGGGCGCAGGCUGCGGCGUUCCGAUUCGGCUCGGUCUUACUUGACCAGGCCGCUUAUCGUGUCGCGCGUACGACACAGUCUAACUAA